GUCUACGUCUCUCUCUCUCUCUCGUUUAACUUCGUUCCCAAACCAAACCAUUUGUUAUGCUUAAACUCUCUUCCACUUCCCCCCAUCAACCUUAAUUCUCCAAAACCCAAUCUUCCAAAUCUGCUUCAACUGAUUUGUUUGACUCUAACACUUCACUUCACAUUGACACAGAUUCCAUUCCAAAAUGGGUCUGUGCAAUUCGAAACCUCGUGCAAACCCCACUCUUUCUUCUUCUUCUUCUUCUCCCACUCACACACCCACUAAUGCCAAUGCCAAUGCACAAAACUCAAAGCCCAUCCCCAAAAAAUCCCCUCUUUUCCCCUUUUACACUCCCAGCCCCGCCCACCACUUCUUCUCCGGCAAGUCUCCGGCGCCGACCACCCCUCGCCGCUUCUUCAGGCCGCCGUCACCGGCGAAGCACAUUCGGGCCGUCCUUGCUCGCCGUCAGGGUUCCGUUAAACCAAACGAGGCCACAAUCCCCGAAGGCUCCGCAGCAGAGGUUGUUGCUCUCGACAAGAACUUUGGAUUCUCGAAACAGUUUAAGCACAAGUUUGAGCUCGGCGAUGAGGUUGGAAGAGGACACUUUGGUUACACUUGUUCUGCCAAGUUUCUCAAGGCCCAAUUCAAACCCCAACGAGUGGCUGUCAAGGUCAUCCCCAAAGCCAAGAUGACCACUGCCAUUGCCAUUGAGGAUGUGAGAAGGGAAGUGAAGAUUUUGAGGGCUUUGACUGGACAUAAGAAUCUAAUUCAGUUUCAUGAUGCAUAUGAGGACAAUGAUAAUGUCUACAUAGUAAUGGAGUUGUGUGAAGGAGGGGAGCUUUUGGACAGAAUAUUGUCUAGAGGUGGGAAAUACACGGAGGAAGAUGCAAAGGCUGUCAUGAUACAAAUACUGAAUGUUGUUGCAUUUUGCCAUCUACAGGGUGUUGUCCAUCGCGAUCUUAAACCGGAGAACUUCUUGUUCACAUCCAAAGACGAGAACUCAGAUCUGAAGGCCAUAGACUUUGGGUUGUCAGAUUUUGUCAAACUAGGUAUUCCUCGUUUGUUUGGGAUAUGUUUUGACUUUUCGUUAUGCUUAACAGAUGAAAGGCUCAAUGAUAUUGUUGGUAGCGCAUACUAUGUGGCUCCUGAAGUUCUGCAUAGAGCAUACAGUACAGAGGCUGAUGUCUGGAGUAUUGGUGUGAUUGCAUAUAUUUUAUUAUGUGGCAGCCGUCCAUUUUGGGCACGGACUGAAUCUGGGAUCUUUCGUGCUGUAUUGAAAGCUGAUCCAAGUUUUGAUGAACCACCUUGGCCUUCUUUAUCAGAUGAGGCAAAGGAUUUUGUUAAGCGACUUCUAAAUAAAGAUCCAAGGAAAAGAAUGACCGCAGCACAGGCAUUAGGUCAUCCAUGGAUUAAAAAUUAUAAGGAUGUAAAAGUACCCGUGGAUAUUCUAGUGUUCAAACUCAUGAAGUCAUAUAUGCGUUCCUCUUCUCUACGAAAAGCAGCUUUAAGGGCUUUGUCUAAGACAUUAGCUAUUGAAGAGCAGCAAUAUUUGAAGGAGCAGUUUGCGCUAUUAGAGCCAAACAAAAAUAACACCAUUAGCUUGGAAAAUAUCAAAGCGGCCUUGAUGAAGAAUGCAACUGAUGCUAUGAAGGAGUCACGCAUUCCUGAUUUUCUGGCAUCACUUAAAGCAUUGCAAUAUAGAAGAAUGGCUUUUGACGAGUUCUGUGCAGCUGCACUUAGUGUUCAUCAACUUGAAGCACUUGACCGGUGGGAGCAACAUGCACGCUGUGCCUAUGAACUUUUUGAAAAAGAUGGAAACAGGGCUAUAGUCAUUGAGGAACUAGCUUCGGAGCUUGGCCUUGGUCCAUCUGUCCCUGUUCAUGCCGUUCUUCAUGACUGGAUUAGGCACACCGAUGGAAAGUUGAGCUUCCUUGGGUUUGUUAAAUUGUUGCAUGGUCCAUCUCGAAGUCUUGCAAAACCUCACUAGUAAGUUUGGAAACCCUGUGUCAGAAGAUUCAAGUGUGCUCAAUUAUACUUACGAUUAUGAUAAUCUGGCCGAUAAAAUGCUGUCCAACAUCACGGUCCUAUCAUCAAGGGAUCUUCGCCACUGUCGGAUUAUACUCAACAUAAAUCAUCAGGGAUUCUGCCCCACGUUUUAUACUAGGGCUCUUGUACAUUUGGAACAGGUCAAACCUGCUCCUACAGGCAUUUAUAUUUUCCACUGUAAAGUUGUAGUGUGCUAAGGUGCAAGUCAUAGUAUUUUGUGAUUGUUACUUAAUAUUCCAACGUGUUCAGAGAUUCACGAUUGAGGAGUAUCAUUCUUGUCCAAAUACAAAUUCAUUGCAUUGCAUC